AGGAGGCAUUCCGUCCGUCAUUCAGCCUAACCAGGCGUGGUGACCCUAUUGUUGACCUGGUAACUUCGUUUUCCAAAAGCCCUGGGAAAGUCAGAAAGCGUGAAGCCAAGCAAAACGUACCGUAACACCUUUUCAAGGGCUGCUGACAGUGUCAAGUGCAGGAUUUCGUCGUUAGAAACGUUACAAAAUUCUCUGGACCCCAAGUGUCCACUAUUACGUCUAAUUUAGGUCCAGCAGUUUGCUACAUAUGGGCGGAAGAUGUGGUAAAUAACGCGCCCGUGAAAACCCCAUGCGAGCCUCGCCAGGUGUGCUGAAGAAAGGGUUUGAUUGACAUUACCGUAGAACGGUGUCAGGUGUCAGUCUUGGCGUACUUCAGUUGGCCUCACGGUGUCCGCUAGCUCAAGACUCUCCCAACCACCUUCUGUUCCACGUUUUCCUGUUAAAUCUUCUCAAGAUGUUGCUCCAAGUGUGUCUUGCGGCGAUCUUGGCGGUCACAGUCACUGCGGAAAGUGUCAGCCACCAGCAAGGCCAAAGCCACUUGUUCGAGUGUGACUACCCUAUCAGUGCGGAUACAUACGUUAUCAACUGGUAUAAGGAUGGCACUUCAGUGAUGAAUUACCUCUCGGGAGGCGAACCAGCCUUUACCGAAGACCUGGAUGACCGUACUGAUGUCCAGUUUGUUAACAACAGGAAUCUGGAGAUCACCAACUUACGAGUAUCAGACGAAGGAGAGUACUACUGCAGCGUGAUCGAGAUUGGAGCAGGCGGCCAGAGUGGUGAUGGAACGCGGUACCAGCUGGUCGUCUUCGUGCCACCCACUAUCACCCUGAUGGGAGGACCGUACGAAGUUGAGGUUGGGGAGAUGAUGAUGUCCACCUGUCGGGCCAACAGCCAUCCCCCCUCCAACUUCACAUGGACUCUCCCGAAUGGGAACGUGACACAAGGGGCGGUGUUGGAAAUCACCAACAUGACGCAAGCAGAAAUAGGAACGUACAUGUGCACGGCUGACAAUGGCUACGGGACCGACUAUGAGUCUGUAGACAUCACAAUGACAGGUUAUGCCGCUCCACCCAUGACGACUGAAUCAGCGCCACCGGUGGGAGGAAGUGACGUCAUGCGUGCCACAGGGCUUCCCGUCAUCCUCCUGUAUAUCGCCAGUCUCUUGCUUCCAGUCGUCAUUUCUUGACGUCAUUGACAUGGAAUUCUGUGACAAUUACGUGACGCCAGUAAAUAUGACUGAGCCUCUAGUACAGGCUUUUCAUUGACGUCAUAAUGAUUAUGAUUUGAAUCCUCAGAUGCAAGGCUCCAGAUUGAUUGGAUUGAGCAAACUGUGCUAUAUAUGUGCGAGCUGUAAUCCAACAUGGCGUAGAUGACGUCAAAUGAAAAGCCUGUAUAUCGACUCUUCACCUCAAGUGAUGGCAUUUGUUGACUUUUUUGUUGAAACUUUUGAAUAAGACAGAUUUCGUUACGUUUCUGUGAUUUUAGAUUUGUGAUGCCUCAUUUUUCUUUAAUCUUUCUCCAACGAAGCUGUUUUAUGUAUUCCUUGUUUUAUGCUU